AUGCCCCAUGCAACAGCACAACUUGCUCUCGACUCCCGUUCGGGCAGGAGGAUAUCGCUGGCGCUAUAUAAAGACGGCAUGACCACACUCUUGGCUCUUCUUGGCUUUCUCUUGGAAGUGCACCGAACCUCAGCCAACGCCUUGCAGUUGAUUCUGACCCAGCCCACGCAAUCAACCUUUCUCCGCGCUCUUGGCCUCUUGGCGUUUCUGCUAUCUCUCUCCAUGUUACCCAAAACUCUCUCUUCUCCGUACGACAACAACCCGCUGUUGGACACCCUCCGAAGACAGGACACCCUCCCUUCCCCCCGUGCGCCCUUUCCGCCUUUUCACGCAGCGCCCGCCGCCACCGACACCACCACGGCCGGCCAGUUGUCUCACGAUAAUAGCAUCGAUCGACUGUAUGUCUCCGGGUGGCUGACACGUCCCGUCUUGUCCAGCUGCAGGUGGCGUUUCUUAGCAUCGUCACAGAAAAAGGAAGGUCUUCUGGAAAACGACUGUGGACUCGUCGAGGCGACUUCUAGGCGAUGUUCAACCCUCCUCCCUCAGCUCUUUCAUUCGUCAACCAUCCUGGACUUAUCGCAAUAUCUCACCAACCACCCACGACCCUGGACUAAGCGGGUUUCCCUUCACCAGAGCCACCAUAUCCUUGUCCACGUCCGAACGUUGCCAGGUUGCGACCCAACCUUCGUGGACGACGCCAACGACCCGACACCGACAACCCUCGCGGUAGCGGCCGUCGCCCAGUUCUUUGCAUCCUAUUGCAUCGAAUGCUGUCAGACAGUCAACCGAACUCCUUGGCCCCACAGGUCGAGCCAUUCCUUUGGUUUUGUUGACGACGACCGAGACCCUGAAGACAACGAAAGGACGCUUGUCGCCCUGUGGCGAGGGGGCAGCCAGAUCCUGCGGCACAAGACCUCCAUCGGGGUGCCCAGUUUCGGCCAUCAUGACCCUCCCCUCCGUGGAUCGUGUCCUUUCUGGCGACGCUCACAGAGUCCAAUCUUCGCCACUGUAGACAGAGAGUUCUGGCAGCUCGCGCCCCGCGGCCAUCUCAAACAGAAUGUCCCCCACCGAAUCCUUAUGAGCAGUCAAACGCCAUUCUGCACGACGAACGGAGCACACUUCUUUUUCCGGCAGCCAGGACAGGGCACCCUGGAACCUGCAUCAACCAGUGCUCCAACCGCUCCUGCGGCGCGGCACUUUGGAGGGCCUGCGUUGGUCCAGGCGCCUCACCCCGUCGUUGACGACAGCACAGUCCUGGUUGGACGGGUUGGACCGGGUUUUGUCAAACAUUGGGGCCAUGACAUCGACGGGUCUGUCACGGUUCCAGACGGCAAGCCACUGUCUUUCGUCCAAAUGAUUAUCUGGUUCAUGUAUCACUGCAACGAGUUUGCGGGGUACGAGAUCCUGCUCAUUUGCGGACAACAUCCGACUGGGUGCUGGCUCGCAAGUCUGUCUCUAUGGCCCAAUUCACACUCCAGCAGAACUCGAGCCAAUCUUAAAAGCCACGAACAACCAGGGUCGGAAACCCGACCAGCUGGUACUCAUGUGAAAUCGCCAAUAUACCUGACGGCCAUGUUCCCCGAGGUCCUCGUCUCGCUCUACGUGCCCCUCGCAAUAGAGAACCCUGUUUUGCACGUUGGUUCGGCUCAAUUCAUCCGCGAUAAGAGUGCCUGCUUCACUGCAGGCCAAGGGGAAGUCAAGGGCUGUCCAUCGGGUGCUCGCAUGGGAGCCCUUUCUAGAACAUCUCGAUCAGGGGCUGAGACCACGAUCCAUGGCCGUUCAACCCGAAGCAACCCGACUUGGAACCGACGCAUCUUGACAGGCUGCCACCUCCCUUCCAGCGCUUUGAUGUUCUGGUUCAUCCGACAUGAAAGUGGCCGUAUCGCUUUCGCCGCCGCCGCCGUCGUCGCCUCCUGCUGUGCGUAUAUGCAAUGCACCGUCUCCUCCCCCCGGUCUGCAGUUCUCGCCCUCGCCGCCUCAGCAGCGGCCGCGGUCCAUGUAGAUCAACGACUCGGCGCAUGUCAAUGGCGCCGUAUCUGUGCUGGAUCAGCCGCUCGGGAAUCCGUGUUCUCGGAACGGCGACGCCUACGACGUCGACAUCGACGUCAAGAAGGUGAAAACCCCCCCACGCCCUUAUCUGCAGCAAGCUCGCCGUCACAUCAUGCUUGA